CGGGCUUGCUUUGCUGUGCGCUGGCUGCUCGCGGGCUUUUGGUGCCUUCGGAACGUGCUCUGCCUCUGUCCUGUGCUGACAUUGGCAUCACCUCUGGCUGGUCUUCGUGGUCAUUCACGGGACUUUUUGCUGGACAUUUUCUUCAUGCGAUUGGUGCUCUUCUCCGUCCUGGCUCUGGUGGUGAACUGCGGCUUCCUCUUGGACUUUGAGGCGGCGAUCCAGAAGGCGGAGGGCUACGGCAAGAGCGAUUUGGGGCAAGAUCCCUCUUUUCUUCGAGCUAUUGCAGCUCGUGCCCAUUCCAUUGCCAAGAUGAACUCCUCAACUUGGACAUGCAAGCGUUGCUAUGCGGACAACAACGAGGAGGCGAAUUACUGCCAUCGAUGCGGGGAAUAUUGGGAGUCCUCGUAUCAGAAUGGCGGUGGUGGAUAUCGGAAGCAAGAUGGAGCGCAACAGUGGCCAACCUUGCCGAACAAUGGCAAUCGGAGACGCUCUCACAGAGCGAACCGAGCAGGCUAUGGACAUGGUGGACAAGGACAAGCACCCAAGUCUCCCAGGAGGCAGAAAGGUGGUGGAGGCAAAGGCGAGAAGAAUGCCCCCAAGAGCCCCAGGAGUCAUUCCAAGGGCCGAGGGAAGGGCAACAGCUCCUACAACGAGCAAAGCGGGAAGGGCAAAGGUCAGGCAGAAGAACCUCCCUGGGUGCCAUUGCCGCCGCCCCCAGCCCCGCCGCCGGCACCUGUGGUCAAUGCCGAUCCCCAGACUGUGCAAGCCGAAGCGCAGUUGAAAUCUAUGGUCAAGAUUAUCUCCAAGGAUUUGGACUCCUACCCUGUGGAACUUCAAGAAGAAGCCAAAAAGAUCUUGAAACGGCAGGAGCAGUGGACCAACAAGAAACUGCACAAAACGGUGAACGAGCUUGGCAAAGCCAAGAAGGCAUUGCACGAAGCAUCGGUGGCUCGUCUUCAACACCAUCAGGCUUGGAAGAACUAUCUGAUAGAGGCAGUUGCGAGAUGGGAAACAUUCACAAAGCAGUUUGCAGAAGAGGAGAAAGAGCUGUCGGACAAGGUGAAUGCGGCCAAAGAGGCGGUGGAGGCCGCCAAGAAAGCUCAUUUGGCGGCAGCCAAGGUGGAGCGAAUCACCGACGACGAGGCAGUGACCAUCUCCGACGACGAAUUGAUGGAGCCGAAGCCAGAUGCGGCUCGGAACAUUCAAGAGGGGAUCGAGCAGAUGACUCACAGCUUGCACCAGGUCAAGACCAAGGCAGACGAAAUCGUGACAGCAGACGAGCAGGCCUACAAAAAGGCUCGCAUCAGGGAGCCGGAAGAAGGCUUUGCUGGGCCCUCUGCGUCUACGCCGCAUUUUGCGAUGGCCGACAAGUGA